AUGGGUUCUUUCAAGGGCCAUGCUUUGCCAGGUACAUUGUUCUUUGUGGUUGGAGUAUGGCACAUUUGGAGCUCAGUGGUUCGAUUCGUGUCGAACCCUAAAUCAUUUCGGGUUCGAGUUUGGCACCCUGUUCCUGGUUUCGACGAUAGGAUCAAGUACUUGGAGCUUUACGUUGUCACUAUUGGCUCGUUCAUCGACUUGUGCAUUGAGUUCUUGUACUCAACUCAUCUCAGAUUCUUCGUCAAUGGUGUCUUGAAUCCUUCCCACAUGAAUGACUUCGAGCACUCCGGGAUGCUUCUCAUGUUCUUCAUCCUCGGGUUUAUCGCUUUGAUCUCCGAGAAAACGAGGUUACUUCCUCUGCCACAAGAAGCUCUGUGUUUGGUCGCUGCAACAGCUUUUACAGCAGAAUGUCUUCUCUUCUUCUUCCACUCCACAAGCCACAAAGGUCUUGAAGGUUAUUACCAUCUCCUCCUCGUCUUUCUCAUCGGUCUCUGCGUCAUCUCCUCAAUCGCAGGAGCAAUUUGCCCUACAAGCUUCCCAGUGGAUCUAUGCAAUGGCAUUGCAAUGACUCUCCAAGGCCUCUGGUUUUAUCAGACAGCUUUCACUCUCUAUGGUCCUAUGAUGCCUCAAGGCUGCGGUUUAAAAGGGAACUCUGUCGUUUGCAGAUCAGUCGAUUACGAAGUCUCUGGAGAGUUUCUUGCUAAUUUUCAGCUCUUCUCUUUGGUUCUUGCUGUUCUUGUCUGCGUUGUGGGUUCAUAUGCUUAUGCAGCUUCAAGAUUUGGAGUAAGUAGAUAA